GAGACAAGUUUGAUAAAAAUUCGAUAUCAACCCCAUCUUAAUUGUUGACAAAAAAUUCGAUCUAAUCCAAAAUUCGAUUUAAAAUAAUAAUAAUAAUAGAUAGCCCUCCAGGGUCGGAACGAGGUCCGACAGAAUAGAGUUGGAUUGCUAACCCUAUUGAAAUUCCUGAGUCCUGAUUCCUGACCGCAUUAACUCAAAUAAGGUCCGAGUUGGUAGAGAAAACAGCAACAGUUUGGAACACAAAGAGAAAGAGAUCAUGGCUAUUGAUGCAAUCGAAGCUUCAUCUCCUCCCUCUCAAACCCCUUCCAAUUCCAGCUCUUCCAAUCAACUUCACCACUUCUACGUGGCCGUCGACAGACACCAAUUCAAAAUGGAGACGUUGAUUGACCUCCUAGGCGUGGCGGGUCGACGCACGUGCCUUCCGAUAGUAGUCUGCUGCAGUUCACGUGACGAGCUCGACGCCGUCUGUUCCGCCGUCUCGAACCUCCCUUACAUUUCGUUGUCCUCUUUGUACAGCGAUCAAGCUGAAGCAGAACGAUGUUUAAUUUUGGAGAAAUUUAGGGAGGCAACGAUGAAUUGGAACCAACAAGUUAAGGUUCCGACAGGAGAUGGUCUUGAAAUUGAAAAAGAUGAGCAGAAAUCUUGUAUGAUUGUUGUAACCGAUGCCUGCCUCCCACUUCUUGCUUCUGGGGAAUCUCCUAUCUCAGCUCGUGUUUUGAUUAAUUAUGAAUUACCAACAAAGAAGGAAACAUAUAUGAGGCGCUUGACUUCGUGUUUGGCAGCAGAUGGAAUUGUGAUCAAUAUGGUUGUUGGUGGUGAAGUGGUAACUCUGAAGAGCUUAGAGGAAAGCAGUGGCCUAAUCAUAGCUGAGAUGCCCAUUAAUAUUUCUGAGAUUUUGUGAUGAUUUUCGGUCUUCUGCAAUCUCUAAAUACGUGACAGAGGAUAUGAUCCUUCACACUUUCGACAGCAUUCAGAGUGCUGAACAUAUCAGCUGGUGUAUGAGUCGUGACACUGACAUUGAACAUUAUUCUUGUAAUAGUCUAUGCAAUCUCUUCUUAGUUUUAGAUAUAAGCUUCUUUUGUACCUCUGUCAUCUUAUCGUGUGCGCAGACUCAAUUUGCAAAGCCUUCAAAUGUGGAUCUAGGAGUUUUUAAGGAAGAAAAAACCAUAUUUUUUUUCUUCCUUCUGUUUGUUUUGUCUGAUGCCUGUAAUUUCCAGUUUUAUGGAAGAAAGCCAUCUUUCCUUUCCUGCAGAAUGCAGUUCAAAGGAUGUAUGUUUGGGCUGGGUCAUCAUUUAAUGAUAAAACAAUUGUUUGCUGGCAAGUUUAAAAAUGUUGCUCGCCCUUGAACAAAAGUAUGAGUCGGUUCCAGUUUAGUUGGCAUACGUAUAGGCUAAAGUCAUGCCAAUGGGCCCUAGUUCAAAUUGGCUGUGGACUUGCCUCCUAGCAAAAAUGCAAUUACUGUCAAA